AUGCGUACCAGUGUUUGCUCAGUGAUGCACCGCUUUGGCCCAUCAUUUCAAACCGGUGGGUCAUUGAUCAAAAGCCUCACGUCUUCCUGUAGACACUUUCGUUCAUGUAGUAACAGUGGCGUCUUGAUUGUGGCCUCCCUUUCAGCCGCCACGGCCGUACAAGGGGGCAUCAGCAAAAACAGCACCCAUCCAACACUCUUGGAGGCCCGUCGGCACCUCUUUGAAAACCGAAAGAAAUUCCCCGGUGUCGACCACCAACCAAAGAAAGAACAGUGGCAGGAGCGGGCACCUCACAGCGAUGAUGCCGCGGUUGCCGCACGGAAUUCCACGUUGUUCACUCACGUCGCUGGUGGUGAUGGGCGUGGGAUGCGUGCUGCGCCGACGCCUGAGGCUCUCCCAAGUGCGGCGGAGCUCGAUCGCGUGCUACCAUCCCUGCAGCAACUGCGGGAUGAGAUUCCAUCCGCAACGGAGGCGCAACGAGCCAUGGAGAGUGAUAGUGGUAAUAAUUCCAUAUGGGGGUCCAAUAUUGCCGAAAAGGAUGACGAUGAGGAUGAAUAA